AUGACGAAGAAGAAGAAGAAUGAAAUUUGCAUGUGUCUUCUGUUGCUUUUGCUCUUAGCAAUUAGUAGAGCGGACUCCUCGAUUAACUCAUGCACCAGGCGUUGCGGUGACGUCGACAUCCCCUUCCCCUUUGGCAUCGAGUCGGACUGCUUCCUUCCCGGAUUCCACGUCUUCUGUAACCACUCCAAACUCUACUCAGCUGGCAACAUCCAAAUCCUCAACUUCAGCCUUGUUGAGCCCCGAGCCACAAUAAUCCAGAAAAACGCACACGUCCACCCACAAAAGUACAACAACUCCACUGGUGGAGUCUACAUCUCAAGGGAGAUGGACCUCACCGGCUCGCCUUUCUUCUUCUCCAUUAGAGACAACAUCUUUGCCGCCGCCGGAUGCAACGUCGUCGCCUUCUUCAGCUCGUCCAAUACUUUGUUCAACACUCCCAAUGGACGUGCCUGCGUCUCUCUCUGCAACGACACCAACUACAAUAUCGGCGUAAUUAGUGGUUAUUCUUGCUCUGGCGCCGACGGCUGCUGCCGGGUGACCGAUAUCCCCUUGGGAAUGAAGCAAUUCACUUCCUACUUGAUCCAUGACUUCGCUGGAUUUAACGGCUCGACAACCCAAAAUUCGCCGUGCCUCUUCUCGUCCAUUCUGGAUGUGCACUCUUUUAACGGGACGUCACGUUGGUGUGACUUGUAUAAGCGAUACCGAGGACAGUUUCCGGUCGCCGUCGUCUGGUCCAUCUCCAACUCGUCGUGCGAGCAAGCUAAGCUCAAUCCCACCACCUAUGCGUGCCUGAGUAGGAACAGCCACUGUUUACAAACUUACCGCGGAUACACUUGCGGCUGCAAUGAUGCUUACGAAGGCAAUCCUUACAUAGAAGACGGAUGCAAUGCAAAAGGCGCCACGAGGAUAAUUAAAAUUCAAUUCCUAAGAUGA